AUGACCUCUAGGAAUAUUCCAUCACGACUCUUGUUCCCCCUGCUUGUUCUUGCCUCACUCGCGGCAGACGUAGCGGCCAAGAGCACCACAUCCUCGCGCAGCAGAUCUCUCGCAAAGGGUGUCAUCAUUGCAAUUGUCGUCGUCAUAGUCGUCGCCGUCAUCCUAUUCUGUGUAUGCGUUUUCUGCAUCAUGAAAAUGCUCAAACGCCGCAAGUCCAAGACCUCCGAGCUCCCUAUGACCACACCCGCACAACCCGCACAACCCGUAUAUGCCCCCGGCCCCGGUCCCGUUCAACAACCUUAUCAACAACAGUACAAUCAAAAUACCAGCACAAACUAUAACCAACAUCAGAACGAAUACAACGCUUCUUACAGUCAACCGACCUAUGCUCCCCCAGCGGGUCCUCCGCAAUACUAA